GAGAAUGCCCUGUGACAGAGUCGCACAGAGACGCAGAUGUGCGAAUUGCUCGUGAUUCUCGAGCAAAUCUUGACAAUUUUUAAUACGUGGGUUUGCUCUUCGGUGUCGACGGAUUGAUUCGUUGGUCGAUUGUCGCUCUUCUUGAGCCGGGCGGGCGAUCUACGGAUGAGAUGAGUGUGCAGCUGCGGAACGGAGGAAGGAAGGAGGUGGCAAAUUUGGUCGCAUAGCAGAAGCAGCACUCGCAGCAGCAGCUGCGGUCUUCUGGGCCGGGCAGCAGGCAGUGGGGCGAGUGGAGUCACCCGUCGGAGGGGCGGGAGGGGGCACGAGGUGCGAAUGCAAUCGGAGAGGAGGAGAGGGAAUUGGCGCGAUGGGAUUGACAUGAGGGUGGCAAAUUUAGGCCACUGUGAGGAGCAGUAGCCGUCGCCCUGUUGUGUCUGAUGCUGUCGUGAAAAUUCGGUAAUGCUGUGCAUGGAGCUUGCCCCGCGUUUGUGCGCAUCGCAGAGGAGGGUUUGGAGCCUGAGAGAUUUGAUUCACAGGUUCGCAUCUAGUCCCUUUUCUUCCAGCUUUUCCUGCCCCGCAUUCGGAAGGAGAAAUUGGAAUGUAGUGUGUAGAGAGAGUGAGAGAUAUAUACGUGUAUGAUGUGCUUGCCGAGGCGAUCGAGCGGAGGAUGUGGAUAGGCGUGGAUUGACAAUGUGGCGCAAUUGAUAGUAGAAUUCGGAAGAAUCGCGGUCCAAGCGAGGAAGAUGGUGGAAAUGGACAGCGAGGCUGAAGUCGAGAAAGAAGCACCGGCUGUACUUCAGCUGCAUAGUUGGGGCAAUUCGCCUCUUCCCAUCGCUGCUCUGACCAGCGCGGCGAUUUCUCCAUCUCGACAGCUUCUUCUGUUGCAGUCGAAGGAUCGUGAUGUGGUCUUCCUUCCGCUGGGAGCAUCUACUGCUGCUCAGACCGCGUCAUCGCUACCUCCGACAACUCCUGAUCCUCCCGGGCGCGUUCUGUCAUUCAGUUCCUCCUCUCGCAAUCCGACCACACCCUUCGCCACUCCCGCCACUCCCAUUGCUGCAGUAGGGCACUCCGCCAGAACCCUGUCCAGCCCCGCCUCCGUUUCCACACCCUACGCCAGUCCUCUCGGUGGGACUCCUCCCAGCAGCCCCCGUUCUGCUGCGUUUGCCAACAUCAGCAAGCUGCGAGGAAAUCCUGUGCCCGAAACACCCUCAACUCCGUACUUCACUCCAUCUUUCAAUCCCUUGUUCACACCACCUUAUGGCAGUGGCAAUGGCAGCAGCGCUCCAGCCAAGUCUUGUUCUGCUCCUCCUCCCACAGAUCUGCGCGCCCUGCCGUACCCUAUCCUCUGCGAUGUCGAUCACUUCGCAUGGGGCUGCAAUGGCGAUGGUUUCGGUUCGGAAGGCCCUUCUGGACCUUUCAAGGAGGUUCUCCUCACGAGUGGCCACGACGGGCUUGUCUUUCACUGCUUCUCUCACACGUACCGUCCUGAUUAUGGAGUCGUUAACUCUGCGAACAUCCCCGCGAGUGAAGUUUCGAGCGGGCAAGGCGGGCCGAAAGCCAAAGAGCGUAAGAGGAGAGAAGGCAAAUGGAGAAAUUGGGGCCAAACAGAGCAGGACAGUCGCCUGGAGCUCAGAAGACGACUGGAUGAGACCUCUGACAGGACGGAGACCUCUUCGGAGGAUAAAAGCUCGGAUGAAGGCGUGGAGAGGAGUGGAUCUGCCGAAUUGAAACUCGAGCGAGGGAAGAGAAAGCAGAGGCCUUCCGUCGAGAGCACAGAGCGUGGAGAAGAUGGCGAAGAUAAUUCUCGGAGGGAUAGAAGUCAGAGCUCCGAUGAGAAGAAUGAGUUUGUGUCGUAUCUUGUGGAUAAGGAGUUAGAGCAUAGUGAAGAUGGACUGCAAUUAAAAUAUCUGGGAGCUCAAACGUGGCCUUCUUCAGCAUUAGUGGUGUCAUUUAGGAUUGCGAAGGAUACACCUGCCUAUUCGGUUUUGACCUCUCUUAAAACUCGAGAUGAAUUCGUGAAGAGUGCUUCUUCAUCUGAACCUGCUCCUGACACAAAAGAAGAAGAUCGGAGUAAAACAUCAGAAAAACCCGUCGCUUCAGACGGGAAUUCUGGUCAACAAGUACACUCUGAGGUUCAAGAUGUCAUUUCCAGCCCCUCAUAUAACAUGCUUGGAAUCGUUGCUGGGCAGCUCUUAAGAGCAAGCGAAAUGGAUAUGGAAGACGAUGAAGAAGUCAGUGAGCCUGUUCACGCAAGACCUGUGAAUCAGAAGAAUCUGAAAUACCGGGAGACGAGACCUCUUUUGAUCUCCAUAGCACUUGUGAUGGAUUGGGGCAUCAAGUGGGUUGCUCGUAUAGACUUGAACAAAAGAAUAUCCAAGGAAGCGUGUCGAAUACCUUGGACUUCGUUUACUUUUGCCAGAGACAGACUCCUGGGCUUGAAGGAGGAUGGUGAAGUUUUUGUAUGGGGUGCUUUGACUGGAAGCCUGGUCGCAUGCAUAGAUGUGGUGGAUCACUGUGGAUUGAAUCCACCCAGUUCUUUGAGUCUAAACAGAGAAACUGCGAAGGGCAGAAAUAACGAGCAAACCACGAACAACAGAGAGGAUAUAACUGGACAGGGAAAUGGAGGAUCCAAAGCUGGACAUGAAGCUUCCAGAGUAGAUUCUCAACUUACUGUAGUGAGCACAUUACGAUCGAAGCGUAAGUUUACACAUAUUGCAGUGACUGCCAACUGUUUGUUGCUCGUUGUUUCUGAUGACAAAGGCUUGCUCUUUCUUGUAUCAACAGACAGUUAUUUUAGUGAGCACGCCUCUGGUUUAGGAGAUCCUUCCUUGAACCAGAAGAGGUACGAUUCUCAAAACCUGAGAGUAAUGUCAUAUUGGAAUGUGGGAGGUUCUGACAUAGGGGUCCUGGUAUCCUCUCACGAAUUACCUGAUCGACAUUGGCUGAAUUCCACGAAAUCUGACAAAGACACCGCAAUUCUGGGAAGGGGAAGCAACACACAGCAGCGCUUAAGGAGCGAAGAACAGUUUGCCAGGAGCAUGGAAAAUGGACCAGGGCCUCCACCCCGAGCAAUUUCCAAAGCUACUCGUAGCGCUAGUGGAUUUAGCCCAAGGGUACAGCUCGCACGCCACGGAGCUGCUAAUGCUUCUGUUUCUGCUGUCAAGAGCACUGUCAGAAGAGUUUUCCUGCCAUGCCAACGCUCCGAAUCGCCAGUGAUAGUCGCCUUGAGUCCGUAUGGUGUCACAGCCUUAGUUCGCCCCUUGGAAAAUAAGGGAGAUGUCUUCACGAUAACUCAAAACAUCCUGCGAAUUCUUGGAGGAGCUGUAGAUGAAAGGGACCUUUAUGAAAAAGUCAGAAAGAAGUCUGGAGGUAGGGUCGAAAUGAGGAGUAGUUAUGUUGGAGAUACCCUUGCUUUUUGCUCGCAGGGGUCCAUGUACCUAGUGACUGCAACUUCUCUUCAUGUCGUGCUUCCUCCCUUGGCCGUUUCAUGGUCUCAGUCUGCUCCCUUGACACUAGUACCCCAAGAGCAGGAAUGGCCUGCGAUCAACGACUCCGAAACUCAAUCCCGCUGGGAUGAACUGAAUAUGGGGAUGAAUAGUCGAGGCACAAUGCUUCAGCGAUGGCAGAGCGAAGUGCUAGAUCGAGCACUGGUGUGGGACGGUCUUGAAGAAGCUGAAGUCCUGUGCUUGGAAAAUGGUUGGAGUCCGCGGUUGUUGCGAUUGCGAAGACUACAGCUGGCUCUUGAUUUUGUGAGGGUAGAAGAGAUAGAACAAGCACUAGAGGCUCUUGUGCACGUUGGAGCAGCAGAGUCAGGUGUUCUCUAUGUAUUGUUUGCUGCUGUGGAGCUCAUGCUCAAUCGACAUGGUUCAGAUAACGAACUAGCCCAAGCAUCCAGGUUGCUAUCCUUGGCAGCUUCUUUUACAACAAAAUUGGUUCGCCAGCACGGAAUGAAGGGAUGGGACCGUGGUCGCGAGCAACGUCAGGGGACCGAUUUUGCCUCUAAACAGCUCCCCGCUGAAUCUUCCUUUGAGCCAAGCAAGUAUAAAACCACCAUUGGUUUGGUUGAAUUGGCUCGCUUUCUUGAAGUGAUACGGAACCUGCAAGAUCGAUUGGAAGCGAAAAGGAGAGGUCCAAAUCGCAAGAAGGGUGACUCAGCUGGGGGUGAUGGAGUUUACAUACCCACAGAUGGCAGGCCAAAUUUAGAUGUUAUUGAAGAAGGCAAUGAAGAAUAUUUGGUUUCCUUCCCACAAGAACAAGGAGGAGUGGGCGAGAUGAAAGAUAUGGUUACGAGCUUCCGAGCAGAUGAAAGUAUCUCAGCUCAAGAUUCAACUCUUCUUGGUCCUUCAUCUUCGAGUGCACUCGUGGCCACAGGCGGGUUUGUUGGUCCAGGUGGUGUUUGGGAGCUUUCCCCACCUGGAGCUGAUAGUCUUAAAGGCACCAGGAGAAGUUCCCCACUUGAAAGCCCUAGCGAGAUGUUCGCUCGUUGGGAGAAGGACAAUGUCGAUGCUUACGGAAUUGUGAAGGAUGCUCUAAAAGCAUCAGGCCGACUAGCCUUGGCCGUUGCCCAGUUACACCGCUUACGAAGGAAAGCUGAGAAUGACGGCUCCGAGGAUCGGUCAUCCAACUCCGACGACGAUGUGUUUGCUGAACUCUUGCAUAUAGGCCGCGGCAUUGUGUACGAACUUCUCUGCAAGGGUAAAACUGGAGUAGCACUGGCUGCGUUGAGAAGACUAGGAGAAGAUAUUGACAUUGCUUUGCGGGAGUUGGCUUUGGGAACUUUGAGACGAUUUUUACGUGGUCAAGUCGUGAAGGAGUUGCAACGGCUUCGUUGCCUCACUCUAAACGACUUUCAGCUGCUAGAGAGAGUCUCUCUAACUGAGAGAAUCUACCCAAGCAGCAGUUUUUGGAGCACAUAUAGAACUCGCCAGCAGCUUCUGAGAGCCUCACCAGACUCUGAUGAGCGAUCAUCUGUGAAUGAAGAGGUAGAGUUACUUCUAUUUUUGGACAUGGGUGCAGAUGAUGGUCUGACCAUAAAAUGUGGAGAGGUGGAUGGGGUUGUGCUCGGGUCUUGGAGCAUGAUCGACGAACCUGGAAUUCUGGAAGUCACUCAGCUGCAGGAUUCUAGUUCCACAGGCUAUUGGGCCGCAGCAGCUGUCUGGCUUCAGCAUUGGGAUCAGCUUACAGUUGAUCGGAUUCUUUUGGAGCAGCCUCUCUUGACCGGGCAGCUCAUAUCCUGGGAGGCUCGAUUGGAGUUCAAUAUUGCCCAUCAUAAUUGGGAAGAAGUUGCUACACUGUUGGAUACGGUACCAUCAUACGUACUUCGAGAAGGAGAGCUUCACGUCCAGCUUGAUUGUGAUGAUUCUGUAUCGUCUGCCGAAAAUUUACCAUUCCCUGGAAUCCCAACUUAUACAGGGCACGCUGGACAGGAUUGGUCGGAUUUGGAUGUGGAAGCUGUUGAAGCAGUUGUUCCGAAAGUGCAUGUUUUGGCUCUAGAUUUAACACCGAUUUGUAGCACGUGGAUGUGGCAAAUGAUUGAGGAGAGACUAGUGAAAAAUCAUAUCUUCCUUCGAGCUUACUGGAAAGGGACCCUUGAAAUUAUGUCCCUCUUCGCCAGGGCUGGUUUGCUUUACCAUCGAUACGGAGGAAGGGUCUCGAACAGUCGAAGCAAAGACGGUUCUCUUCACGGAACGGUUUCAGGUCCCACAAAGGGCAGCAGAUUGCAUAAGGAUGCAGUGCGUGCAAUUCAUGAGCUGGCCGUCCAGCAUUGUGUGAGGCAUAAUUUACCCCAUAUGCUGGAACUCUAUCUUGAUCAUCACUCCUUAGCUCUUGACAAGGGAUCCGCCUCCGUCAUGCAGGCCCUUGUGGGUGAUUGUCAGUGGGCUUUGUGGUUGCUCUACUCACGGCUUCAACGUCGCGAGUACGAUGCCUCAUUUGCCAACGCCCGGACGAUCCUCGCUCCCAGUAAAAGCCCAGGAAGACAUUUCGAGGUGUCGGACCUGGAUGUUUUCCUGCCCACUGUUGACGACAUGGCUGAAGCUGGAGGGGAGAUCAUGGCACUUUCAACGCUCAUGUUUGCCCCAGUCCCUCUGCAAAAGUGUUUAUGUCCAGGAAGCGUGAGCAGACACAGUGGACCAUCUUGGCAGUGUACUCUCGAAAACCUACAGCCGGGAUUACAGCGGUUUCCCACACUUUGGCGUUCUCUGGUCGUGACAUGCUUUGGACAUGAUACGCGAGGCUCUUCCAGUGGAAGUUCUUUGAAAGCAGGAAGUAGUGGUGGAUUGGCUCAGUACCUCCACUGGCGAGAGGGUUUAUUCUCUUCUGCUAGUGGCGACACUUCAUUACUUCAGAUGAUGCCAAGAUGGCUUCCUCAACGAGUGCGGCGCCUCUUACAGCUUUCUGUUCAGGGACCGGCAGGUGGUGUGCAAAUGGCGGUGCAGCGAGGAAUAGAGGCUCCUUCUAGGGGUACUGUUUCUGGAGAGAAAGGUCAUGCGGCAGAGCUGAACAUGUUGGAGUCUCAGGUUGCUGCCUGGGAGGAGAGUAUUCAGAAAGCUAUCGAGGAAGAAUUAUAUGCACCGUCCACGGAGGACACAGGGCUGGGGCUGGAGCAUCAUCUUCGGCGAGGCCGUGCACUCGCUGCAUUCAAUAGCUUACUUGGCUCCAGAAUCCAAUCCGGAGCUUUUGCUUCUCAUGACGCUGGCAGCAAAGUGGGACAUCCACCAUUAACUUCAUCGGAAAUGCAAAGUCUGUUGGGACCACUUUCGGCACACGAAGAGAAGCUUUUAGCAACGGUUGCGCCCCUAGCGAUUAUGCAGUAUGAGAAUCCCGUGGUUGUUGCUGCUUGUGCAUUCUUCUGUGAGCUUUGUGGGCUAUCUGCAAACGUGUUGCGUCUUGAUGUGGCCGCAUUGAGGCGCAUAUCUGAAUAUUGCAAGGUUCAUGAUCAAAUCGAGCCUGUUCCUUCUGGAGGUGGUCCAGGUGUUACACGAGAGACUACAAAUUGGGUUAAAGCUUAUGGUGCUGACAUGGCAAAUUUGCUUGCUCAAGCACUGGCAGACGAGUACUUGAAUGCUGGUGUUGAAAUGCUAUCAUCCAAACCAGAGGCCUCUCGAAGUCGUAGACCAAGUCAAGCUUUGGUCACUGUGUUGCAAUAUCUUGAGAAGGCCAGCCUCAAAGAUGAAGGUAUGAGAAGGGUUGAAGGUGGUAGUCCAGGGGCCUGGUUACAUAGCGGACAAGGUGAUGGGUCUCAACUUCGAGCAAUGCAGCGGUCAAUGAGUGAAAGGUGGAGUCUUGUGACAGCUUUCUGUCGCGCCCACCACCUACCUUUGAGCACAACUUAUUUGGCAACUCUUGCAAGAGACAAUGACUGGGUCGGAUUUCUCUCAGAAGCUCAACUGGAAGGUUGCCCUCUUGACACCCUACGCACAGUGGUUGCCAAAGAAUUUACAGAUGCGAGAUUGCAAAGCCAUCUCCUGACUGUAUUGAAAAGUCUUCCUAAUCCGACCUCAGAAAAAUCAACAGGAACAUCAUCAGGGAGUUCUUCGCUUGGCUCACCAUUCACAUCUGCAAUUCCUAACAUGGGCAUGACUGGAGAGCUUUUCAGUCUUCUGGCCGAGUGUGAGCAAAGCAGCAAGCGCGCAGGAAAAGCUCUAUUGACCAAAGCAAAGGAUCUGCGAUGGCCUCUAUUAGCUGUCGUGGCUUCCUGCUUCAGCGAUGCUACUCCUCUUUCUUGCCUGACUGUGUGGUUGGAAAUUACGGCUGCAAGGGAGACUUCAGCCAUCCAAGUAUCAGACGCUGCAGCACAGAUAUCUGCGCGUGUUGGAGCUGCUGUGGAAGCUACAAAUGCCUUAGCAGGUAGUAGCCGCACAAGUGGGUUCAGGUUCAGUCGAACAUGCGCUAAAAGGAGACGGCGGAUGUCACCUGAAGAGGCCAAUGCUCCAUUGGAAGGACAGCAGCCUCAGCAGGAGGAUGUAGCCUCAACAAGUUCUGCUGCUGGUUCCAGCAGCCAGCCGAGUCAAACAGGAUGGAACUCGUCAACCAUAGGACAGAAAGGACAAACAACCGGCGAGGGCUCGUCUUUUGUGACAGAUGGAGCUGGAGAGCAAGAGUCUUUGGCGGCCAUGGUGGCUGUGUUGUGUGAGCAGCAAAGGUUUCUCCCUUUGCUGAGAGCGUUCGAUCUUUUUACACCAGCUUCAUCGUUUCUUCCUUUCCUUCGAUUCCUGCAGGCUUUCUCACAAAUGCGAAUAUCAGAAGCGUCUGCCCAUCUUGCUGCUUUUACUGCUCUUCUGAAGGAGGAGACGCACCAGCAACACGUGCCAAGUAGAAGUGCGAAGAGUAAUUCAGCCUGGAUUACUAAAGCUGCUGUUGCCGCUGCUGACGCUAUGCAUGCAGCAUGCACAUCUGCUUAUGAACGUAGAUGCCUUCUUCAGCUUUUAUCAGGGUCCGACUUUGGUGAUGGAGGUCAUGCAGCUAUGCGGUUCCGCCGAUUGUACUGGAAGAUACAGCUUGCGGAACCUGCUUUGCGAGAAGGAUCAGAGUUGGUGACAGAUGGGACUAAUCUUGAUGAUGAAGGACUUUUGGAUGCUCUAGAGAAAAGUGGACAGUGGGAGCAGGCACGUAGUUGGGCCCGUCAACUUGAUCUUAGCUCUGGCGGUUCCUCUCUUCAUCAUGUGACUGAAACACAGGCUGAAGCUAUGGUUACAGAGUGGAGAGAGCUUUUAUGGGAUGUGCCUGAAGAGCGAGUUGCUCUCUGGAAUCACUGCCAGGCUCUCUUUACCAUGCAUGCAUUCCCAGCUCUUCGGGCAGGAAAGUUUUUUCUAAAGCAUGCAGAUGCGGUAGAGGCUGAAGUUUCAUCUACAGAACUGCACAAUAUCUUGCUUCUGGCUCUUCAGUGGUUGAGCGGUUCAAUCACCAACACUUCCCCGGUGUAUCCUUUGCAUCUUCUCCACGAACUAGAGACUCGAGUAUGGCUGCUUGCCGUCGAAUCCUCUGUAGAAACUCAGGAUGGAAGGUACUCCACGUCGCUAGUGUCUAUGCAAUCUACCCCUGUCGGAGGUCUAAGCCAUGAAAUAUGCGCAAGCAAUCCAGCUGCGGUGAAUCCAGUAGAUCGCACCGCCGUUGCAGUCGCAGUAGUGGACAGCCACUUGAAGAGGUCGAAUCUUAGAAAGUUGGAUGCAGAAGGAUUAGGCCGAGCUCAGAGUCUAGAUACCGGCACUGGUUCUUCGCCAACUAAGACCGCCUCGUCAAAGUUUAAGCGCCGUGCGAAGGAACAAGCCCAAGUCAAACGCAUUCACUUGGACAUUUCAGAAAGCACGGCCAGUGAUUCUGAGGAUAGUCCAGGGAGAGCAAGAGGAGAGCGGAAGAAUGGGAGUCAAGAAGCAGUAUCAGAUGAUCUUCCGCCGAAGGCGGAGGACAUUGUCGCUAGCUGGGAGGAAAGAGUCGGUGAACGAGAAGUUGAACGAGCCGUUCUUGCUCUUUUAGAAGUUGGGCAGGUUUCUGCAGCAAAACAACUGCAGCAAAAGCUCUCACCAGGACAUGUGCCCCUCGAGUUAUCACUCGUCGAGGCUGCGUUGCAAGUAGCAGGCUUGUCGACUCCAACAACGAAAGGCGCUGUCACGACGUCCAUAAUUCAGCCGACAAUUGUUGACUAUCUCAAGUCUGAGAAGCUACUUGAAGAUCUAUCAUCAGUUACUCCAAUGGAGGUGUUUAAAGUUUUGAUGAGUGGCUGUAGAGAGGGCUGUGGACGGGGCCUCAUUCGUAGAAUUUCCGCUGUAGCACAGAUCGCAAACUUUCUUGUGAUGCCUUUCAAUGAAGCAUUUUCUAAACAGCCCACUCAGCUGCUACAACUUCUUGCUCUCAAGGGUCAAGAUGCCCUCGAGGAGGCAAAAGUACUGGUUUCGAAUCAUACUAUGAUUCCAGCAAGCAUUGCCCGUAUACUUGCAGAAUCAUUUUUGAAGGGUCUGUUGGCUGCACACCGAGGCGGGUACAUGGAUUCCGAACAGAGAGAGGAAGGCCCUGCUCCCCUCCUUUGGAGGCCUUCAGAUUUUGUACGUUGGGCAAAAGUUUGUCCCUCGGAGCCAGAAAUUGGUCAUGCGCUCAUGCGGCUCGUCAUAAGUGGCCGAGACAUGCCCCAUGCCUGUGAGGUGGAACUUAUUAUCUUAGCCCAUCAGUACUACGAGUCUUCUGCAUGUCUCGACGGAGUCGACGUUUUGGUGGCACUAGCGGCUACACGGGUAGACUCCUAUGUAUCUGAAGGGGACUUUUCAUCACUGGCACGCCUGGUAACUGGCAUCAGUAAUUUCCAGUCUUUACGUUUCAUUCUGGAUCUGCUCAUUGAGAACGGGCAAUUAGAGCUUCUGCUCAAAAAACGUGCAGUUGUGGAUCCCGCUUUGGAGUCUUCUGCCUCUGUACGAGGGUUCCGUAUGGCAGUAUUAUCUGCGCUGAAACACUUCAAUCCUCUUGACCAAGAUGCUUUCGCUAUGGUCUACAGCAACUUCAGUAUGAAUUUUGAGAUGGCUGAUUUACUGGAAAGUAGAGGUAUAAAUUUGCUUGAACAGUGCACUCAGAAACCGAAUGGGGAAGCAGAUCAGACGCAGGAAUACUUAGACAUUAUGAAGUUCUUUGUAGAAGCAGCGAGAGUAUACUCGGGUUUAGAAGCGGGGAACAAGACCAGGUGGUGCUGCGCGCAGGCCCAACUCAUUUCCCUUCAGUUGAGACUUCCAGAGAUUGAUUGGCUGAAGCGUAAUGACACUGCCGCUCGGUGCUUGCUUGUUGAUCGGCCUCGGUUCCAGGAAGCCUUGAUUGUAGCCGAAGCCUAUUCGUUGAAUCAGUCAGCUGAAUGGGUUUUGGUUAUAUGGAAUCAAAUGCUUGUGCCCGGACGCAUCGACCAGUUUUUGAAUGAUUUUAUUGCAGCGUUGCCACUGACGCACAAUAUGCUCUUGGAGAUUUCACGAUUUUAUCGAUCAGAGUUGACGGCUAGAGGUGGUGAUCAAGCAUCCAGCUCAAGGUGGCUUGCUCCAGGAGGGGUGCCGCUGGAGCUGGCUAUGUAUAUGAAAAAGUCAUUCAGGUCACUCUUGAAACACACUCGUGAUGUGAAGGAUCGACUACAACUUGCAACUUUUGCUACGGGAUUUUCAGAGGUCGUGGAUGCCUGCAUGCGCACACUUGAUAUCAUGCCUGCCACUGCUGGCCCCCUAAUUCUGAGGAAAGGUCAUGGGGGUGCAUAUCUGCCCAUAAUGUAAUCAAGUUUCAAUUGAACUCUAGCGUUUGUUUAGUACUGUACUGUAAAAGUGAGGCUCUGCUAGUCAUGAUUUUUGUGUAAACAUUAGGUUUGGGGUUUUGUACAUCACAGGAGUAUAGAUGAGACGAAAGGAGAAGAGAGUUGCUUGUACUUAAGUGUACCCGGAGGCAUCAUUAUCGUCAUCAAUGCGGACAUUUUCUUUGUAUUAUAGGAGAGUUUUCCUACUUUAUUCUUUCACCAGAUACGUCAAAUCCAUUUAUUUGUUUUACUUCUCCCCAGGAAUAAAGACACACGUAUGUAAUUCACA